AUGCAGCUUUUUGCUUCUACUGCUAUUUGUUUCAAGAUGAAAACACCAAUCAAUGGGGAGGAGAGAUGGUAUACUAAACGAUGUGAUAAUAUUGCUGAUGCAUUUAAAAAAGCUCCAAAGAACAAUCAGUUGACUUCUCUAUACAUUCAAAGGGAUAUUAUCACUGCAUGUAAGAUGGAAACUGUUAAGUAUAUCAUUAAGGAUUUAAAUGAUGAUUACUUUUCCAUAUUAGUUGAUGAAUCUCGUGAUGUGUCAUGUAAAGAGCAAACGGCUAUUGUUUUGAGGUAUGUUGAUAGAAGGGGGAGUGUAAUUGAACAGUUUAUUGAUAUUGUUCAUGUUCGUGAUACUAGUGCUUUGUCCCUAAGAAAUGAAAUUUUAACUCUUGCUGCGAUUUCUAGAAGAUGUUAUGAAGUGCAGGAACUUUUAUCGUUGGUUUCUGAUAUAUUAAAUAUGGUUGGAGCUUCUUUCAAGCGUAGAGAUGAACUUCGUGAAUCUCAAGCAAAAGAAAUUGAAGAAGCAUUACGUAAAGGCGAGCUUGAAACUGGUAGGGGCUUGAAUCAAGAAUUAGGUCUUGCUAGAGCCGAAAAGUGUAGGGAAAAGGGAUAUCUUAAAGCAUGUUUAACAUUUGAGGUUGUCUUCAUGUUGCACUUCAUGCGCACUGUUUUAGCAAUCAUAAAUGAGCUUAAUGCAGCUUUUCAAAAGAAAGAGCAAGACAUUGCAAAUGCCAUGCUACUUGUUGGGAUGGCAAAGGAGCGACUGCAAAAACUAAGAGAAGAAGGUUGGGAUUCACUUAUUUAUGAGGUAUUUAAAUUUUGUAUCAAAUCACGUCGAAGAGUUGCUGAGUAUAUUGUUUUACAUCGCUACCAAGUUGCAAUAUUUUAUAAAAUUAUUGAUUGGCAACGUCAAGAACUCAAUAAUCGCUUUGAUGAGGAGACAUCUAAUUUGCUUCUUGGAAUUGCUAGCUUGAACCCACCUAACUCUUUUUCAAGCUUUAACAUUGAAAAAAUAUUGAGAUUAGCUGAGUUGUAUCCUGAUGAUUUUGAUAAACAUGCUAGGAUUGACCUCCGUUUUCAGCUUGAGAAUUAUAUUGUUGAUGUAUGUGGUCAUGAUAAAAGGUUUUUCGAUCUUAAGGGACUUUUUGCUACUGUUACAGUUGAAAGAGCUUUCUUUGCGAUGAAGUUGAUUAAGAUUGACUUACGAAAUCGAAUGGAUGAUGAGCUUUUAAGUGGUUGUUUGAUUAAUUUGCCAAAUUUUGAUCAAGACAUAGUUGGCAACUGA